AUGCAACUAAAUUCCACCCGAUUUUUCCACAAUGUGGAUUAUCGGGUCUUCAUUGCAUUCCUUAAACGGUUUCUGGUACAAGGAGAGGCAUCCAUUCAUGCUUUACACUCAACACCAUCUACUGCUGCUGCUCCGCAAGCUCCAUAUCAUGUCAGUGGCUUCAGGAGUUCCACUAUCCAUCAACUUAUCCAGAAGAGCCCCUUGAAGCCUGGAGGACUAGCGAAACCAUUAAUUGCCACAUUUUAUAUUAUCGAUGUGGCUUUCUUCUCCCAUACAUCACUCAAACAUGGCGAAUCCGUAUGGGGAAAAUUAAAAAUUCAUAAAAACCCUAAUGUGGAUUAUCGGGUAGAACUAUCCUCCGUAGAACCUUCAGAGCGUUGA